GGCCAAGCUACACAGCUAGUUGGUGGCAGAUUUCAGGCCAUCCCCCAUUUGUCAGACUCUGGAGACCAUGACUGAUGCCCUGUGGCCAGAGAGCACUCACCGCCCUCUCCCCCGGGCAGCCUUACUGUCCUUGGGAGGCUCUGAACCUGGCGCCUGGAGACCGUGGGGGCCACAGCCUCCUGCGUCCAUCCAGGUGGAUGGACAGACCCCGGCUGCCCUGAGCUGUGAGAGCAGGCCUUCACUCCUGACCCUUCUGGCUACCCUCUAUCAAUGACUUUCCCUUUGAGCCCAGGCCCGGUCAGCCCUAAAAGAGCUGUGGAGACUUUGGGUUCCUAGAGUCACCCAGGUGGGGACAGAGAGGCCUGACUCAAACCCCAGAUCCUCAGCUGGGCCCUCUCUUGUCCUUCUGCAUUGUGCACCGGCCACACAAGCCCCCGAGACCUCAUGUGGGGUAACCUGUCCUCCUGACAUGAUUCUCGAACCAAACCCAGGCCCACAGCUCUAUAACCCUACCCCACACCUCUGCGCCUGCAGUCAUUUCCAUGUCAUUCCGUGAGCCACCCCACAUUGAGCUUCCCAGGGCCAGGGGCGGACCUGUCACUCGUGGCACGUGCCCCUCCAGUCUCGCCAGAGCUUGGAUAACCACGGACGGGCUGCCCCAAGUUGCUCCCGUGCUCCCAUCCUUCGAGAAACUCAGCAGCGGAGGCAGCCUCCGAAGGGCAGAUCCAUUACCAAGCCAUCAAUUAACCCUCCCUCUAAUGGAAAUCAGAUCUUAGAGAUUGCCAUUUGAUUGGACUCUUCAUGCACCGAAGCCAAAUUCAAGACUGAUAGGAAAAAAAUCAGGACUCAAACCCCAGCCUGCCAGCUUAAUGAAAUGCUGUCAGAGAGGGGAGGGGCUGGGCCCGGCCCCAACGGACCCAAGAUGAGGCUGACCGUGACGUCGUUCCGUCUGCCUGGUGCCCAGAGAGGCCUCUGGCCCGGCCCCGCUGUCCGGCCUGCAGGACGGGGUCCAAGGGCCCAGGCCCGUGGGGAGGGCACGCCUGGCUCACGGGGGUCCUCGCUGCUCAGAAGGAACCUGGUAAGAGCUGGGGUUAGUUCAGGGCCCGCAUCUGGGGACCUCUGGGCCGGGGCAGCUGGAGGACUACAUUUCCCAGAGUCCCCCAGUCCCGGGGAUGAGCCAUUGGAAGAUUUAAAUAGCCCAGGCCCCAGGCAGCCAGGCCAAAGCUCGUCCACCUCCCCGGUGGCUCCAUUGGCGCUGGCCCGCAUCGGUGGGCUCCAUUGGCUGCCUGGCUGGCACCGACGUCCCCGAGGAGCCCGGGGUGGCAGCUGGAGGUAAACAGCCAUGUGCAGCCCUCCACUCUAUAUUUAACAGCUGCCGUGGAGAAGGCAGGGAGGCAGGGAGGGAGUGGUGGCGGGCUCCCCGGGCGGCUCCGGUCUUCGGUCUUCAGGGAGAAGGCCUCCCAGCCGGGCUGGCACUGGCCCUCACCCGGUGAGGCGUCACCAUGCCAGCCUCCCAGAGCCGCGCCCGGGCCCGGGACCGCAACAACGUCCUCAACCGAGCCGAGUUCCUGUCCCUGAACCAGCCCCCCAAGGGGGCCCCGGAGCCCCGCAGCUCGGGCAGGAAGGGCCCGGGCCCCUCCGCACAGCCCCCACCCCCUGGCGAGGGGGCCCGCGAGAGGCGCCAGUCACAGCAGCUGCCCGAGGAGGACUGCAUGCAGCUGAACCCCUCCUUCAAGGGCAUCGCCUUCAACUCCCUGCUGGCCAUUGACAUCUGCAUGUCCAAGCGGCUGGGGGUGUGUGCCGGCCGCGCCGCGUCCUGGGCCAGCGCCCGCUCCAUGGUCAAGCUCAUUGGCAUCACGGGCCACGGCAUCCCCUGGAUCGGGGGUACCAUCCUCUGCCUGGUGAAGAGCAGCACGCUGGCCGGCCAGGAGGUCCUCAUGAACCUGCUUCUGGCCCUGCUCCUGGACAUCAUGACGGUGGCCGGCGUGCAGAAGCUCAUCAAGCGUCGCGGGCCGUUCGAGACGAACCCCAGCCUCCUGGACUACCUCACCAUGGACGUGUACGCCUUCCCCGCCGGGCACGCCAGCCGCGCAGCCAUGGUGUCCAAGUUCUUCCUCAGCCACCUGGUGCUGGCCGUGCCCCUGCGCGUCCUGCUGGUGCUCUGGGCCUUCUGCGUGGGGCUGUCGCGGGUGAUGAUCGGGCGCCACCACAUCACGGACGUCAUCUCGGGCUUCAUCAUCGGCUACUUCCAGUUCCGCCUGGUGGAGCUGGUCUGGAUGUCCUCCAACACCUGCCAGAUGCUCAUCUCCGCCUGGUGACCACCUGUGGGGUGCCGGGACCCGAGAGAGGGGACAGGCCGGCAGCCUCCUUGCCCCCAUCGCGGCUGGAGGCCGGUGGCCUCGGCCAGGCUGCCCGGAGGCUCGGUGUGGCCGGCAGGGGCGGGUGCCCUCCGCUCCUUGGCCUGGACAGCGCGGGCCCUCUCUGGGUGGGCCGGGGGGCCCAGGGGAUGGCCACGCUUUACUCCCGCCACGCGAGGACUGAAGGUGCCAGGCCUGGGGCCGAGUCUUGUCCUGUCCCGUCGUUGUCACGACUGCUGAGUGCUUGGCUGUGCCCACCGAGCCACAGCACGAUGCCUGGCAAAAUGCCCCUCUCCCCCACCUCCCAGCACAGGUGCCACUGCCGUUAACUAUCAUCAAUAGCUUAGGGCAGCACUUUCCGGAAGGCAGCGCCCUGCAGGACGCCAGCCUGCAAGACGCUUCGGCAAAAAGAAAAGGGUUUUGUGGUCAAAUACACUUGGGGAAUGCUGCAUACUCUGCCCCCAUGCUGGACAUUCAUGAGCACCAUUGUUGUCUUAAAGGCUCUGACAAGUCCUGUAGAAAUGCUUCCUGUCACACACAGUUUAACUCUGUGUUUCCUCAACUUAUUUGACCACAGACCCCUUUUCUCGAAGAUCAGCUACUAACCCCCAAAGAACCACCAUCUCCUCAAGCACGUUUUGGGAGAGGCUGCCCGGGAGCCGGAGGGCGUGAGGUGUGCGUGGUGAGGAGGCCCUGUGUCGUGCCGCCUGCGCAGAGCCCGCGGCCACGGGCAUCGGUGCCGCUUUGGCCCCCAGGGGCCGGAUUCCGUGUGACCUGAUAGGUCGUUUCCAAAUACCCACUAUGGAUGUGCAUUUCAUGUGACAAUACAGGCAAUCCGCAGCGGACCCUC